UCGAGUGACUUGACAGUCAAGCCACCACGUACCAGAGAAAACUUUGCAGCGAAUGAACAGUCGUGUCAGGUAGUGCGUGUGGCGGCAGUCCUCUGAUCCGUCUCGACAUGGGAGCGUCCCAGACCCGAACAGAGGACGUAUUUCAGGAAUUGUCAGACAAAACUGGAUUUUCUUUAGAGCAAAUCCGAAUCCUCCAUAAGAGAUUCAGGCAACUGAGUGGAGAAGAGGACACGAUAAGUAAAGAAAACCUGGAGAAAAUCCAGGCACUUGACAAAAACCCCAUCAGAAACCAGAUCAUAGAGGCCUUCUUCGACAAACGGAACCAGAAUGACGGCGAGGUGGGCAGCUCCAGGGAGAUCGGCUUCCAACAGUUUGUGAAGGUCAUGUGUCACUUUAAACCCCCCACCCUGAAGAUGACCACCGAGGACAAGGAGGCCAUGAGAAGAGAGAAGCUUCGCUUCCUGUUCAACAUGCAUGAUACAGACAACGAUGGAACAAUCACAUUGGACGAAUACAGAAAGGUGGUGGAAGAACUACUCUCCAAGAGUGGGGCCAUCGGGCUGGAGGCCGCCAAGGCCAUCGCCGACGCUGCCAUGCUGGAGGUGGCGAGCAUCAACGUGCCUCACAUGGAACCCCAUGAGUUUUAUGAAGGAAUUACUUUUGAGCAUUUUGAACAGAUUCUGAAAGGUCUUGAGAUGGAGUCCCGGAUGAACAUUCGCUUCCUAGAUGUGGACACCUCAACGAUGCAUUGUGGUAAAUCACAGUGAAUCACCAACUCAACCCUGUGAAGUCUUGCGUUACCUUCUUGUCUGACUCAGUUUUCGUCUUAUCUAAUUAAUUAUGUAUUUAAGGAAGACUUCAUUUCAAUAAUUUUUCAAGUGCAGAAUAUUUUUUGAUACUGACCUUCACGUUUGGUACUCUAUUUGACCCCUCACUGUAACUGUCCCUAUGCUAGACAUCCAUGUGACUGGUCUUUGGGGCUGCAGUUGACUCAUUAGGUCACUCCUACAUGCUACACCCAGGGUGGGUCAAGGUCAUAGGUCAUCUAUGUCUAACUUGCGUGAGACAGGAGACAAAUACUGUUGCAUCCAGGACUCUCGAAUAUUAACAUGACAUAGAUAUCCUCUGGAUUUCACUUAAUUUGUCACCUACCAAAAGUAUUUAGACAUGUAGAUCUUUCUACAUGGACAUCUAUGAAUGCAUUAAAGCAAAUAGACACUACCAAAAAUGAUACACUAUACUGUAAAUUACUGAGAUUUUUAAUACUUUUGCACUAAAUGAUGCACCAAUGACCUAAUGAAUUAAUAAUAAAAAUAAUAAACUGCAUUGAAUGUGUGUUGUUUAAAAACAAGAU